GCGCUUGGUCAUGCUUUCUGAAUAAUGCCGAAGUUCGAACUAAUUUCCAGGUACUAAUACAUGAAUUUUUUCCACAGGACCAAAAAGGCCAUGUGGGAGAAACUGGCCCAUGAGAUUAAUCAGGAGUUCCGAUGUCAUAUGACGCCUCUGCAAGUGGAGAAUAAAGGGAAAUCCAUGGAACGAGCGUAUAAGAAAACAAAAAUAAAGAAUAGUUCAUCCGGCCAUUCCCGUACAGCCUGCGAGUACGAAGGAGAGCUUUCCGAAGUGUUGGAGCGGGAGCACCACAUCACCCCUGUCGCAUUGCUCGCCCCGGGGAGGAUUGUUGCUAACAGGAAUGGCGAAAACAUCCUGCCGGAAAAUGGGCCUGCUGAUGAACCAGCCGAGGAGGCACCAGCCGAGGAGGUACGAGCACCCCGCAGAAGUGAAGUUGAACCUAGGAGAGGUCGUGGUGGUGGCCGCCACAUGGGCUCGUCGAUUGGCAGCCUGAUCAGUGUUUUGCAGGAAGCCAUCGCUGCGAAACAGAAGCAGCACGACGAAAAAAUGAAACUUCUUGAACAUCUCGUAAGCGCUACUGGAGUCGACCGGCUUCAGAAUCUCAAUGUGGCUGCCAUCAAUGCAUCCCACGGUGUUGCGGGGGCCUUUCCCGCCGCUUUUUGUCAGGAAGGCCAUUUUGCUGCGGGCCAUGUCGGCAGCGCUAGGACAGCAUAUGACUUCAGCGCUGAUCACCUGCAGAAAAUUGAGCACUCUCUGCAUGCACAGCACAACUGA